AUGCAUGAAGGACCCUCGCUUAGAAUGCCUUUAAAGCUUCCGAUCGCGGCCUACUACGAGGAAGUAUGGGAGUCCGCAGUUUUUCUACCUACUACUGGCAACAUGGCACCUCAAAAGGAUGUCAGUCAAGAGACUGCCGAUCAAUUCGAUCAGCGGCAGUACUCAGACUCUUCGCAAGGCCUUGCCUCUCCGAAGGAUAAAGCUCAGGUCCAUACACGCCCGUACGAAGAUGCGACGGAUGAGACCCUUGACAAUCCCUUCGCCGACCCUGAUGUUGCGGAGCGCUAUGCUCUCAUCUACGAGAAAGCGCAGUACGAGUGUCGGCAUGUCUUUGACCCAACACUUACAUGGACAGCGGAAGAGGAGAAAGCACUCGUCCGGAAAUUGGACUGGAGAGUGUGUCUAUGGGCUUGCGUGAUGUUCUUUGGCCUUCAGGUUGACCGAGGAAAUCUUGUCCAAGCUGUGUCGGACAAUUUGCUGGAUGAUCUUGGUCUCACCACGAAUGACUACAAUACCGGAAACACAAUCUUCCUUGUCGCCUUCCUUCUAGCCGAGUUGCCUUCUCAAUUGGUGUCAAAGCAGAUGGGUCCCGAUCGCUGGAUUCCCACGCAGAUGACUAUUUGGUCGAUCGUUGCUGCAGCACAGGCUGCUUUAAGUGGGAAGAAAUCUUUCUAUGCAACAAGGGCAUUGUUGGGGAUUCUUGAGGGUGGUUUCAUUCCUGACAUUGUGUUGUGGUUAUCUUAUUUUUACACUAGUCGAGAAUUACCAACUCGCUUGAGUCAUAGUAUUUUUUGGACUGCUCUAUCUUUAACUACUAUCAUUACCUCGUUCCUCGCAUUCGGUAUUCUCCACAUGCGUGGUGUUCAGGGCAUGGCUGGCUGGAGGUGGCUUUUCCUAAUCGAAGGCCUCAUCACUCUUAUUAUUGGCCUGGCAUCCUACUUCCGUAUGCCUGCCUCCGCUGUCGACACCAAGAAAUGGUUUCGUCCAAAGGGGUGGUUCACAGACCGUGAAGUAAGUAUCGUGGUCAACCGGGUUUUGCGCGACGAUCCCUCGAAGGGCGACAUGCACAACCGGCAAGCCAUAACCCCGCGUCGUCUCUGGAACUCCCUCCGAGACUAUGACAUCUGGCCGAUUUAUCUUCUCGGACUAGUGGUUUACAUCCCUAUGACACCAAUGACGUCCUAUAUCACUCUGAUCCUCAAGGGUGUGGGGUUCGGCACCUUCACUACGAACCUUCUUACCAUCCCCUAUAGUGUCGGGCACAUCAUCUGUCUGCUAGCCCUCACUCGUCUCAGUGACUGGCUGAAAGAGCGCUCCCUGGUGGCAAUGAUCCAAUCCAUAUGGACAUUACCCUGCGUUAUAGCCCUCCGGUUCUGGCCUGGUACAAUGACCAACGCAUGGGGGACAUAUGCCAUCGUGACCGUGCUACUCUGCUAUCCCUACUGCCACGCUAUCCUGGUGGGAUGGUGUUCGAAGAACUCUAACAACGUGGGAACCCGAACCAUUUCAGCAGCAUUAUAUAACAUGUGCGUCCAACUCGGCGCCAUUAUCGGGAAUAACAUCUACCGGGCGGACGAUAAACCCAAAUACCAUCGCGGAAAUUCCGCUCUCAUAGGAAUCAAUAUCCUCGCUAUAUUGCUCUUUAUUGCCACAAAGAUAUACUAUAUCUAUAGAAACAAACACAGGGAGCGCGUCUGGAAUGCAAUGACCGAAGAGGAACGACAGGAUUACUUGCAGAACACGACAGACACGGGAAGCAAGAGGUUGGAUUUCCGCUUUGCACACUAG